AUGGCCAUGGCCGGGGUCGCUGCCGUCCUCAGCCUCGCAGUGCUGCUGCCCACGGCCGCCUGCCCCUGCGGAGCCCUGCGCCCACAGCACCCGGGCAACACCACGGCGUCGAAGCUGCUGGGGACGUGGCUGUACGUGGCUGGGGCUGCCCAGUUCCCCCAGCACCUCCUGGAGAUGCUGCUCAUCGACCACGGCCACCUCCACGUGGAGCCCCGCGCCGGCGAGCAGGAGCUGCUCAUCACCCAGCACGUGGCCGUGGGGGACCAAUGUCUCACCAACAACUCCACCUACUUUGAAAUCACCAUCGGUAACACCACGCUGGUGAAGCACGCCAAGACCCAGCAAACUGUGGGGACGCUGAUGAACCUCAGCUCUGAAGACAUUUUACUCAUCCAGUACCAACUGCAGAGGGAAAGGACGUAUUUGGGACUGUAUCUCUACGCCCGAAACCUGAGCGUGAGCACAGCCCACCGGGAAGAGUUCGAGCACCACGCCAAGCGCCUGGGGCUGAGCGAAGAGGAGAUCGUGUACGCGCCGUGGGAAACGGAGCUGUGUCAAACGAAAGAAAUCGAAAAAGGAAACAGCCCACGCACGGAGCCCACGGCUGCAUCACCUCCUCUGGGUACCCACCAGCCUGGGAGCGUGGGUAACUGA